GUAAGACGCGGGCUCAAGAAUCAUCGCCACAGCAAGCGCGGACAUGUUUGCACACGCAGAAACGGUCUCAACGUCUGGCUUUUCACCGAGCCAAAGCGACGCCACUGUACCUUCAUCAAGAAGCGUGCCGCUGUCCUACACUCUUUACGAACCAGAGGACGGCGAGUCACCGAAAGCGCCCCCUGUUAUAGUCCUGGAUGCUAUCUUCGGCGUCAGAAGUGGUUGGAGCGAGCUUUCGCAAGCCAUUGCCAGUCAGACAGGACGAAAUGUGUACACCGUGGACGCGCGCAACCAUGGGGACAGCCCGCACACCUCCGACAUGGACUACGCGCUCAUGGCUGCCGACAUGGAGCUCUUCAUGCGGGAGCACGGGCUGCCGAAGGCGGCCUUCGUCGGACACAGCAUGGGCGGCCGGACGGUGAUGCGUCUCGCCCUCAAAACGCCAUCCUUGGUCGAGCGAAUAGUGGUCGUGGACGUCGGCCCUUCUUCAGUACCAGCCAUCGUGGGGAACUACCUGAUACCGCAGCAGCUGGACGCCAUGGACGCCGUGCUACCACUACUCUCUGCGGACUUGAGUGUCGAGGAGGCCCACCGAGAGGCUGACCGCAUGCUCGCCGGCAAGGCGACCCUCGAGAAUCCCUCCAUACGCUCGCUCCUGCUGGCCAACUUGCGACGGAACGGGGACCACUACGAGUGGCGAGUGAACGUGAAGGGGGUGAGGGACAACCUGCAGAAGCUCGUGCGCGCCGAGGACCUCAAGGGCCUCACCUCAGACGUCGACGCGCUGUUCAUCUGCGGGGGGCAGUCUCCAUACGUCACGAGCGCUGAGCACGGGGCCAUCCGGCGCGCGUUCCCCAACGCCCGCAUCGUGACCGUCGAAGGCGCGGGCCACUGGGUCCACCGGGACAGGCCCGCGGUUUUCCUGAACCUGGUCAAAAACUUCGUGCCGCAGCAGGAGUGAAUUAUGCCUCGGCGAUAACCUGUCGCUGUGCAGUGUCGCUUUAAUGAUUUGCCCAAAAGCCCAUUGUGCGCCGAUAAGAUGAGCAGUGCCUCCUCUUCUAUUAUUACGUCAGGGUGCGGACACACCGCAGUGUUACAGAGGACGUUGCUUGGCACAUUGCAGUGCAAUGAUGUUAUGGAGGGCAUUGCUGGUUUUAUCAGCUACAGCUUGGCCUAUCGCCCUGAACGCGACGUGUGCUGUUCAGGGCACUGCGGUGAAGAGGCUGCUGUAUUCGAACUGAUCUUCCUCUGCGGGCACGAUCAUAUGCACAAGGAAAGAAUAAAAACAGCUUUCUUCCUAUAUAUUAAACAUAUAUACCUCCC